AAUUCACUCAAAGUCACAGACAUAGUAACGCACACUGAGAUGGAUGUGAAGCUGUCUAUAGAUGACCAGGAGAUGUGGAAGCAGAGAAGGCAGAGACUGGAAGCGUUAAUCGUGGCCAACCCGAGCCAGCGACAGCACAAUUCUGCGCAACCCAACAAGAUUCUGGAUCCUCUGCUAUACUCGGCCACGAAGGAAGGGGACGUCGACAAGUUCAUCAAAGCCCUGGAGGAUCAUUGUGCCAAGGAAGGAGUGUCGUUGCCGGUCGUUCUUGGGCUACGCAGCCCCUCCAAGAAUACACUACUUCAUGCUGCGGCAGAGAGUGGUGAUAUUGUCAGAACAGUUAUCGAUUUCAUCUCUGAGGACUUGAUCUCCUGGGCGAAUUCCAGAGGAGAGACACCAUUGCAUAUUGCAGCUAGAGCCGGGAAAACCGUUGCAGUGGAGCUUCUCCUUCCCAAGGGGAAGCCAAGAUGCAGAGACCACAGUGGCAACUCCGCUCUGCACGAGGCGGUGAGGAAUCGUCGUUACGAGGUGAUCCGUCGGCUGGUGAUUGAGGACCCUUAUCCGCUGUAUCGUGAGAAUAAAGAAAGCAAGUCUCCAUGGUGCGUAGCAGUUGAAACAGGAGACUUGGAGGUUCUCAAACUCUUGUUGGAAGCGCCAAACGAAGGCGAAGACGAGAGGAGAUCAAAGAAUGAAUUGAAUUUCGGCAUGUCACCCGUUCAUUUCGCCAUUCUGUACCGAGAAAUGGAUAUGCUGACAGAGAUGUGGGAAAAGAAGCCGUGGAUAUUUCAAUUGAGAGAUGCGGAAUACGGCACUCCACUCCAUUUCGCCGCGUACACAAAUUAUCUCGAUGGAGUGAAGUUCAUGAUCGAGAAGUUCCCAGGGAGUGCCCUGGAGCAAGACGCCACAGACGGCUAUCUUCCUAUCCAUGUCGCUUGCAUGAUGGAUCACGUCAGGAUUGUCGAGGAGCUACUUCAGCAAUGGCUAGACCUUGCAGAGUUUCCAACUAGACAACAAGAAAACAUUCUUCACUUAUCAGCGAGGUACGGAGGCAUAUCAACUGUCAAAUACAUACUGAAAAGUCCCAAAUUUGGUCACCUCAUAAACGCGAGAGAUUUCGACAUGAAUACACCCCUGCAUGUGGCUGCGUUGCACUGGCAACCUUCGGUCUUGCUUCUUCUUGCACGAGACAGAAGAGUUGAUCUUAAGCUGGUAAAUACGAAUAACAUGACGGCUCUCGAUGUGGUAGAGCAGGACAUGAAAGGAAUGGAUGCUCCACUUCGGAAGAGGUUAACACGGAUAAUUUUGGCAUCUGCUGGGACACCGAGAAGUGGAGAAUUAGCUAUUUGUAAGGCAACCAAUCGGGGCAAAGGGAAAGAAAUGGAACCACCAAAAAUGGAUAGACUUAAGGAGGAGGCAAAUACUCGCAUGAUCGUGGUAGCGCUAGUGGCCGCUAUGACUUUCGCUUCUGGUUUUUCCAUUCCCGGAGGAUAUAAUGGUUCUGACCCAGAUGCUGGAAUCGCCAUAUUGCUCCACAAAGCCAUGUACAAUGUCUUUGUGAUUUCCAAUUCAUCACCAUGUAUAGCUCAAUCAUCGCACUCAUGAUCCUUCUGUGGACACAGAUUAAUGAUCCUCACGCGGUGCGAAAUGCCCUUUCGAAAUCAAGACUCCCAUUGUUGAUAACUCUUGCCGCUAUGCCGUUGGCAUUCAUGGCGGGCGU